AUCCAAGUCUUCUAGCGGGACAAUGCACUGUAUGCAAAAACAACAGAACUUAAAUUCGAAUUGAUUUUCGGCCCGAUUUACAAAAUUAUCCCCCGUCAUCUUCCACCGAUUUGCACCUCUCCGGCGAACUCCUCCUCCGCCAUUUUGCCCCUCACCUUCUCCUCCCGGGAGAUCGAGCUAAGCUAGGGGUUUCGAGCAUUCAGUGAAAAAGCAAAAAUGAAGGCUGCAUUGGGGAGUGCACCGAGGAAAAAGCUAGCUGAUAUUAGCAACAUACCACAAGAGAUGAGAUUGGGUAGCCAAAAUGACAAGUCACAACAUGUCUCAAUUGGUCCAAAAGAGUACAUAGACAUGCUCAAGAAGGAGAAUGUUGAAUUGCUGAAGAUGUUAGCUGAUAGGAACACAAUAAUUGAAUUAACUGGAGCUGAGAUACAGAAGAUGAGAGUUAAUCUGCAGAAAAUGCAGCAACAGAACCAUCAACUUGCGCAAUCAAACAGUCAAAUGCUUGCGGAAUUAAAUUCAGCUAAAGAUAGGCUCAAAACAUUACAACAUGAGCUAGGAUGUACAAAUGGCGUACUUAAAGCUAAAAGGCUUGAAGCAGAGGUGGAUCCCAUCAAGUGUGAAGAGGCAGGGGAUUCCUCUUUGGGAAAUGGAGAUAAUGAUAAACCUGCAAAUAUCAAAAGGAGGCUUCAGUCAAAGAGUUUGGGCUCUUCUAAACAAGUUCAAGCCCAGGACAAUACUGAAAAUAAAAGACCCUGUAUAAGAAGGCAAUCUGCUCGUUCUAAACCUGAAGCAAUGAAACAUGAUGAAAAUGAUUUUGAGGUGGAACCAAUCAAGUGUGAAGAGGCAGGGGAUUCUUCUUUGGGAAUUGGAGAUAACGAUAAACCUGCAAAUAUCAAAAGGAGGCCUCAAUCAAAGUGUUUGGGAUCUUCUAAACAAGUUCAGCCCCAGGAUAAGGCUGAAAAUAAAAGACCCUGUUUAAGAAGGCAAUCUGCUCGAUCUGAACCUGAAGAACCAAAGCACGAUAAAGAUUAUUUUGAGGUUGAAGACAAAUGCCCACCAAUGGUUAAUCUAGUCCAGCAAAAUGGUUCAGUCUCCUUUUCUAUGUCGCCUAAUGACGUCGAAAGUAAUCCUGCAUUGAGGUUUGCAUCUACAGAGUUUGGAAGAUUGUCUCUGAGUAGGCCUUUAAGAAAUGCAGCUAAGAAGAUCCAGUCUUACAAGGAAAUUCCUUUGAACAAAAAAAUGCGCAGACCAGUAUGAACUACCAUCAUCUUUGUUCUGACCUAUUUACUGUAGGAGCUAGUGCUGAACGGCAUCUUUGUUGGGUUGUCGAGUGUAAUUUUUGCUGAACUUUUUCUCUGACUCGUGGUCGUCUCUGAUUUUCACUCUCCUGACAAACAUGUACAUGCAUGUUUCCUGAGUAUGUUCUUAAUCAAGGUCUUGCCUGCUGUAAAUCCUGAUUAAAUGCAUCUUUUACUGUGAUUGAUUACUGAUGAAAUUAGUUUGAGCUACUUGCUUCUUCAUC